AAGGGAAAGAAUUCGCCCAUACAACACAAUUACGCGCAUCUGACAUGUAAAAUAAUAGUGCAACGCUUGUCUCGCCUUUGCAUGUGACGUGCGUGCCCUCUCUUUCUCUCUCUCUCGUACUUCUCCACUCAGCACCAGUACAACACUCUUUACUCAGUCUUCAGUGCUUCAAAGGAAAAGAACUGAGAAGGGACUCGUCUCUUUCUUUUUCUCUCUCUCUUUUCAGUUGCAGAAAAUCAAGGAAUAUUGCUAGAUCUUUCGUCGAGAAACUUACUAGAAACUGAGGGACUAAUCAAAUCCAUCCGCGUUGUCCUUAAUGGAAACCGUCAUCGCUACCAAAUCUAAUCCCCUCGUCACCUUCGAACACAAGAGGGAUGCUUAUGGAUUUGCAGUGAGACCACAGCAUGUACAAAGAUAUAGAGAGUAUGCAAAUAUUUAUAAGGAGGAAGAGGAGGAAAGAUCAGACAGGUGGAAGAGCUUCUUGGAAUGGCAUGCAGGGUCUUCUCAAUUGCCUGUAAAUGGGUUAUUUUCUGAGGAAGAGAACAAAGCAUUGCUUACUGAAGCUGAUGGUGAAGUAGCUUGUAAUAAUCCAGACAAGGUUGUUGAAGUAGAUGAUGCAAGUAUCAAGAAGCCCAGUUUAGACAAUUCCCCUGAAAAUGGUGAAGUAAAGGAGGAGAUACAGUCCACACCAGGGAAAAAGCCUCAUAGGAUCCUAACAUGGACUGAGAUUAGAUCAUCACUUCAUAGCAUUGAAGAGAUGAUGAGCAUGCGUGUAAAAAAGCAAGGCACUUUAUCAAAAAAUGAAGGGACUGGAAGAGGGAAGCCUCCGCCUCCUUCUGAUGAGGCUAAAUCCUUGAAAGGAGCUUCAGAGGAGGACUCUGAGGAUGAGUUUUAUGAUGUGGAGAAGUCAGAUCUGGCUCAGGAUGGCCCUUCAAGUGAUAGUGUGACUGCACCUGCCACUUGUUCUAUUGCUGCUGAUGCCGCCCCUCUAGAAUCUUUAUUUCCUUCGAAAGAAGAGUUGGAAGUCCUUGUCCGCGGGGGUGUGCCAAUGGCUCUACGAGGAGAGAUUUGGCAAGCAUUUGUGGGUGUAAGGACACGCCGAGUGGAGAAGUACUACCAGGAUCUACUUGCUUCUGAAACUAAGUUUGGAAAUAACACAGAAGAAAAUACCUCACUGUCUGACAGUGAUUAUAAGAGUUCAACUACAGAUUCUGUUUGUGUACCUGAGAAAUGGAAGGGGCAGAUUGAGAAGGAUUUGCCUCGUACAUUCCCAGGUCAUCCUGCUUUGGAUGAUGAUGGUAGAAAUGCUUUGAGGCGUUUACUUAUAGCAUAUGCUCGACACAAUCCUUCUGUUGGGUACUGUCAGGCCAUGAAUUUCUUUGCUGCACUGUUACUUCUGAUGAUGCCUGAAGAAAAUGCCUUCUGGGCAUUAAUGGGUAUUAUUGACGACUAUUUUGAUGGCUAUUACUCAGAGGAAAUGAUAGAGUCUCAGGUUGACCAGCUUGUUUUUGAGGAGUUGGUGCGCGAGAGGUUUCCUAAAUUGGUCAAUCAUCUGGAUUACCUUGGAGUUCAGGUAGCAUGGGUUAGUGGACCGUGGUUCCUUUCCAUUUUCAUGAACAUGCUUCCAUGGGAAAGUGUUCUUCGGGUCUGGGAUGUGUUGCUUUUUGAAGGAAACCGUGUCAUGCUUUUCAGAACAGCACUUGCUUUGAUGGAGUUUUAUGGCCCGGCAUUAGUUACAACUAAGGAUGCUGGAGAUGCAAUUACUUUGCUUCAGUCGCUGGCAGGCUCAACCUUUGAUAGCAGUCAACUUGUUUUGACAGCCUGCAUGGGUUUCCAAAAUGUAAAUGAAAGCAGAUUACAGGAGUUGAGAAGCAAGCAUCGGCCAGCUGUAAUAGCUGCUGUUGAGGAAAGAUUGAAGGGACUUCAAGCUUGGAGGGAUUCUCAGGGUCUAGCAUCUAAGCUAUAUAAAUUUAAGCAGGAUUCCAAAUCAAUGCUAAUAGAAACAAAUAAAGGAGCACAAAUAAUUAAUAAACAGACAAAUGGUAAUCUAUCUCGUUCAGAGUCUGGAUCCACGAAUGCAGAUGAAGUUCUUAUUAACCUUACAGGAGAUGUGGAGAUAGAUUCUGUUCCAGAUCUUCAAGAUCAGGUGGUGUGGUUAAAAGUUGAAUUAUGCAAAUUACUGGAGGAAAAAAGAUCUGCUGUACUCAGAGCUGAGGAGCUGGAGACUGCUUUGAUGGAGAUGGUCAAGCAGGAUAAUCGGCGGCAGUUGAGUGCAAGGGUUGAGCAAUUAGAGCAAGAGGUGUCUGAGCUUCGGAGGGCCAUUGCUGAUAAGCAAGAACAAGAAAGUGUCAUGGUCCAGGUGUUAAUGCGGGUAGAGCAAGAACAAAGGGUAACAGAAGAUGCACGCAGAUUUGCUGAACAAGAUGUAGCAGCUCAAAGAUAUGCUGCCCAAGUGCUUCAGGAAAAGUAUGAAGCGGCCAUGGCUUCGCUUGCAGAAAUGGAAAAAAGACUGGUUAUGGCAGAAUCAAUGUUGGAGGCUACCUUGCAGUAUCAAUCCGGCCAACUAAAAGCACAACCUUCUCCAAGAUCUCCCCACCCAGACUCAAAAGGCAAUCAAGAGACCAUGCCAGAACUGCCUGGAAGGAAAAUUAGUUUAUUGGCUCGACCUUUUGGACUUGGCUGGCGAGACCGGAACAAGCAACAGGGAAAACCUGUUAGCUCAGAUACACCAACAGAUGCCAAGUCUUCUGAUGUGAAGUCGUCAGACGAGGGGCAGAGUCAAAGCAGCCCGCAGAAAGAAACAGAUGGAAUUGGUGCUGAAGUAAAAGAGUAGAGAAAGGCAGGUUUAUUAUAAUGGUACUUUGAUAGCUUCUAUAUAUAUAUAUAUAUAUAUAUAUAUAUACCCAUCAUCUUUCCAUUGCCCAAUUCUCAUAUUCCAUUGGCUUACUUGUCUGUAAUUUUUGACUGGUGAGAAGUAGUGUUCAUUAAUUUGAGAAGUAAUAAUAUAGUUUAGGGAAGAAGUGAAUGUAAGAAGAAACAAUGAGAUGACAGUUAAACAAUUGUAUAAUCUUUUAAUUC